CGUCAUCUCCUCCACGGCGUUUUUUCCUCUCCGCCAUCUCGCAUUCUCUCGCACGCACCUUCCGACUCUCCUCCCUCUCAUGGUUUGACCUACCCGAGCUCCGAUCCCUCUCCCCCAAUGCGGCUCUAAAUUCUCCCCUUUAGCCCCUUCGCCGCUCCGCCGCCACCAGCCGACGCCGCAACUCUUCCUAGUGUCACCGCCGGUGCCUCCUCACCGUCCCCCGUCCUGCCUCGUCGCGAGAUCGCGGCCCCCCUGCCGUCUCUCCGCCGCCCCGUCCGUCCGCAAUCUCGGGCCUUUGGCUGGGUCUCCUUGAGAUCCGCCGCCCUUUGGAACUCGGGGUCGUGGUAGGUGCUGGCUGAGGAAGAGAUGGCGAGAGCGAUUGCUGCUCUUGCGGUGGCGGUUCUGGCCUGUGUGCUGCUGGGGGCUGCUGCCGACGGCUCCGACCACCGGUACAAGGAGGGAGAUCGUGUCCCGCUCUACGCCAACAAGGUCGGCCCUUUCCACAACCCAAGUGAGACAUACCGCUACUAUGAUCUACCCUUUUGUGCACCAGAACACCCGAAGGACAAAAAGGAGGCUCUCGGGGAGGUUCUAAACGGUGAUCGGUUGGUUGAUGCACCAUACGAGUUGAACUUUAAGGAAGAUAAGAACUCCAAGACUCUCUGCAAGAAAACAUUGUCCAAGGAGGAAGUUGCCAAGCUCCGGGAUGCAGUUGCAAAGGAUUACUACUUCCAGAUGUACUAUGAUGACCUGCCAUUAUGGGGAUUCCUUGGUAAACUGGAGAAGGAUAAGGAGCAAGGGGCUGGAAAGUACCUUCUUUUUAAGCACAUCCACUUUGACAUCAUGUACAACAAUGACCGUGUCGUAGAAAUUAAUGUCCAAACAGACCCGAAUGUGGCUGUAGAUAUCACAGAGGACAAGGAAGUACCAGUAGAAUUCUCUUAUUCAGUAGCAUGGAAAAAGACGGAUAUUCCUUUUGAGAAAAGAAUGGAAAAAUACUCCAAGUCUUCCUCUAUGCCGCAACACCUAGAGAUCCAUUGGUUUUCCAUCAUCAACUCAUGUGUAACUGUACUUCUCCUGACUGGCUUUCUGGCAACAAUCCUGAUGCGUGUGCUCAAGAACGAUUUCAUCAAAUAUUCCCAUGAAGAUGAGUCCCUUGAAGACCAGGAAGAGACUGGAUGGAAGUAUAUACAUGGUGACGUCUUCCGUUUUCCGCAGCAAAAAUCUCUUUUUGCAGCGAUUAUUGGAUCUGGUUCUCAGCUUCUUGCCCUUGCAAUUUUCAUCUUUCUCCUUGCAAUUGUUGGCGUCUUCUAUCCAUACAACAGAGGAGCCCUUUUUACUGCCCUUGUUGUCAUCUACGCUCUUACAUCUGGUAUUGCUGGAUACACAGCCACUUCCUUCUAUCUUCAGCUGGAAGGAACAAACUGGGUGAGGAAUCUGAUAUUGACUGGCUGCUUGUUCUGUGGCCCGCUUUUCUUGACAUUCUCCUUCCUAAACACCGUUGCAAUAGCAUAUAGUGCCACAGCAGCUUUGCCUUUCGGUACUAUCAUUGUCAUUAUUCUCAUUUGGGCACUUGUAACCUCUCCCCUGCUAGUGCUAGGUGGUAUAGCUGGGAAAAAUAGCAAUACAGAGUUCCAAGCUCCCUGCCGCACAACCAAGUAUCCUAGGGAAAUCCCUGAGCUGCCCUGGUACCGAAGCACCAUUCCUCAGAUGGCAAUGGCAGGGUUCCUCCCUUUCAGUGCUAUUUACAUUGAGCUGUACUACAUAUUUGCCAGCAUCUGGGGGCAUAAGAUAUACACCAUCUACAGCAUCCUCUUCAUUGUCUUCAUUAUCCUCAUCAUCGUCACUGCGUUUGUCACAGUGGCCCUCACAUACUUCCAGCUUGCUGUUGAGGAUCACAAGUGGUGGUGGAGAUCUGUCCUUUGUGGAGGCUCCACUGGCAUAUUCAUCUUCUUCUACUGCAUCUACUACUACCAUGCCCGGUCAGACAUGUCAGGCUUCAUGCAAACGUCCUUCUUCUUCGGCUACAUGACCUGUGUCUGCUACGGUUUCUUCCUGAUGCUGGGCACAGUUGGUUUCCGUGCGUCACUGCUAUUUGUGCGGCACAUUUACCGCUCCAUCAAGUGCGAGUGAGCUAGUGACCUAGACCAUGGUGGCGACACCAGACAUGGCUAUUACCAGAGAAGCUCGGGUGGAACGAAUCGGACGAUUGUUCACGAGAUUGCGCCUGAAUUUUGUGUCCAAGCAAGUUGCAUGUCGUCAGUAUGAACCUCUUCUCUUGUUACGUUAUCUUGCUGUCCUCUUAAAGAAUGACUAUGUAGCGUAGAACUGAUACUAUAGCUUCGGCAUUAUAAUGAUGUGAUGGUACCUGUGCUCUUAUUUAGUCUAGUCAAUGUGACACUUCAGUGUCCUGAAUC